AGAAAAACACACGGAGGGAAGUUCCUUUACCUUUCCUGUUCCCAGACAACAAAACAGCUUUAACCCUGAUCUUUAAGUUCCACUCUUUCUUUCUUUUCUUUGCUUUUUUUUUUUAAGAUGGUCUUUUUGUCUUUUCCUGGCCUUCCCUUUCCUUAGGGAAUCACUUUCCACAUGUAUUUCUCCUCCCCUCCUGGUGGACUUCACCCACUGGCUACUUCUUCCCUCCUCUCUGGGCCUCAGUGCUGCCUUUCUGCAGUAUUUCUUCCAUGGCCCCUCUUCACCCCCUCGCUUUUCCUCCAGAUCUCUUCCUGUUUCCUAAUGCCACUCUUAGCCUGGGCUUUCGUCUGAAUUUGAACACCAAGAGGCAUCAGCGGUGACCGGCAACAAUGAGGCCUAAGAAAACAGGUCAUUUGAGCCGGGAGAUACGUCAGUGAAACCAUUUUAGUACUUGAUUGGCCUUUUGUUAAGAGAAUAGUGACUCUAAAUUUAAGCUGGGCCCGAGAGACACUGGUCCCUUUUUAGAGUGGACAGAGUUGGAAUGGCAGGUACCCAAAGGGCAGCAUUGAGAUCUGAAACUGGGUGUGUCACAGGCCUGGAUUACCAGGAGGUCUGAGAGACAUCCAUACGGGAGCGGGCCAGGCACCAGCUGAGAGUUCAGCGGCCCUAGGAAGGACAAGCAAAGUGCGGCCCGACCGGAGGCCAGGUGGAUCUCGUUGGUGGUGAGGUCAAGCUGGGGGAAGCUACUGAGAACAGCGACCUGGCCAGAUGAAAGUCCGGAGUCGAGGGGCACCUGGGAAAGAAGCUGAGUAAGAUGUUUAAGAGGAGCCUGGAAGAGCAUUCAGAUGUAGAACCGGACCAGGCUGGGGACACACCAACACGCGGGUACCGGAAGGGGCCAUGUGAUCCCCCCUGCAGCUCCCAGAGCCAGCCGCCAGCCACUUCCACGGCGGAGCUCAGAUGCUGCCAAGAGUCUGUUGCAUGGCCUGGUGGUUUAAGAAGAAGCUGAUCUUUACAAAACAGCCUCUGCUUUCAGACAUUCUGUGGUCAUAGCCAAGUUUUUAAAUCUGUGCUACUCAGCGCCUAUCCCCCCAAAAGGUGGGCUUUUCUCUUCCCUUCUGAAAUGGCAGCUUUUCAAGAAAGUCUGGCCUUCCCCCGAGUCUGGCCGCUGCCAUGCUGGGCCUUUUGCUCUGCGCAGCUCGAAAACUGAAGUGAGCCGCCGCUCAGACCACAGCGUCUGGCCUUCCACGAUCCCGCGAGAGUCGCUCUGCAAAGCCUCAUCCACGGGGAGAACGGAGAAGAGGGUAGUGUUGUAAGAGACAUACCAGCUCCCUCCUGCCAAACGUCUAAGAAAAAUGCACAACUUGUUUUCCAUUCCCUGCCCGAGCGCCACCGGAGGCUGCUGUGAUGGUACCACGUGGGCUGAACAGGCCUUGGAAAGAGAUGUUUUACUUGGGGUCGUCGUGGCUUCUGGUGGAUUGUCAGGAUGUGUGGAGUCUGCAGCUCUCGUGAGUUGACUGGUGUCUCCCCAGUCACAACCUGCGAUCGCGACCUUGUUUGGUAACAGGGUCUUUGCAGAUAUAAUUAAGAUGAGGUCAUGCUGGAGUUGGGUGGGUCCUAAUCCAUUGACUGGUGUCCUUAAAAGAAGAAGGAAAUUUGGACUCACAGACACACGGAGGGAAGACGGCCUCGUGAAGACGGAAGCGGACAUUGGAGUGAUGUGUCUACCAGCCAAGGCGUGCCAAGGAUGACGGGCAACCACCAGAAGAUGGAGGAGGCGAGGAAGAAUCCUCCCCUAGAGCCUUUAGAGGAGUGUGGCCAUGCUGCCACCUUGAUUGCAGACUUCCAGCCUCCAGAACUGUGAGCAAAUACAGGGCUGCGAGGCCCAGCAAUCUGGACACAGGCCAAGAAGUCAAGAACUGCUGAAGUUCAGGCCUCUGCUCUUGUAUUGACACCAGUGACCACCCAGCCCAGCCAAAUCAUAUGGCCCUGUUUUCCUGAUGUAUGAGGACUCCUGCGGGCGCCUGAGCGAGCGGCCACCGCCAGCAAGGUCAUGGGCAGCGCGGCCGUGCAGCUGCUGGGCUUCCUGCUCAGCUUCCUGGGCCUGGUCGGCACGCUCAUCACCACCAUCCUGCCGCACUGGCGCCGGACGGCGCACGUGGGCACCAACAUCCUGACGGCCGUGUCCUACCUGAAGGGGCUGUGGAUGGAGUGCGUGUGGUACAGCACGGGCGUCUACCAGUGCCAGAUCUACCGCUCGCUGCUGGCGCUGCCCCGCGACCUGCAGGCGGCCCGCGCGCUCAUGGUCAUCUCCUGCCUGCUGUCGGGCGUGGCCUGCGCCUGCGCCGUGGUCGGCAUGAAGUGCACGCGCUGCGCCAAGGGCACGCCUGCCAAGCCCGCGUUCGCCGUGCUGGGCGGCGUGCUCUUCCUCCUGGCCGGCCUGCUCUGCAUGGUCGCCGUGUCCUGGACCACCCACGACGUGGUGCAGAACUUCUACAACCCGCUGCUGCCCAGCGGCAUGAAGUUCGAGAUCGGGCAGGCCCUGUACCUCGGCUUCAUCUCCUCGUCCCUGUCGCUCAUCGGCGGCACGCUGCUCUGCCUGUCCUGCCAGGACGAGGCGCCCUCCAGGCCCUACCAGGCUCAGCCCCGGGCCGGCACGGCCACCGCGCCCGCCUACCGGCCACCCGACGCCUACAAGGACAAUCGGGCCCCCUCGGCCACCUCGGCCUCGCACAGCGGGUACAGGCUGAACGACUAUGUGUGAGUCCCCACGGCCUGGCCCUCCCCAGGCCCCCGAGAGGCGCCCGGGACCCAGACUGCCGACCGCUUCAAGGUCCGGGCACCAAGUUUACUUCUGGGCUGCUUUGGUGUCCAAAGGAAUAAUGUGAACCUGAGGAAAUGGGCUUAGGAUGCAGGGAAGGCGGGGAAAUAAGAUGAGGAGAAAAGCUCUACAUACCAAAGACUAAAAAAAAAAAUCCUGUUUUUGUAUUUAUUAUAUGUAUUUAUGUGGGUGAUUUAAUGACAGCUGAAUAAAAAGCGACUUGGGAGUUUGGUCAGUGGGGUUUGUUUGCAAGCCAGGAAUAAACCUUUUGGAUGCGGUUGUCUCUGAAACUGACAAUAUCCGUGUCUGUUUGCAGACCCUGAUUCUGUCUGCUAAGAUGCUGGUAGCCAUAGUCAGCAGGCCUCCGGGCUCUGCCCACACGGGACAGGAGAAUCACAGGAGGGCUGGGCUGGUGUUCAUCCAAAAGGUGCCUGAGCGGCAUCACCAAAAACGGUCGCCCUGUCCUGGUUCGAUCUCAGAGGCAAGGCAGGAGGUGCCGGGCUUCCUUGAAAAAAAGAUAAUUGCCGUAAACCACAAAAGAAGGACAAUGUCAUUUUCUACCGGGAAGCAGUCGGCCCGCACUAGUAAGGCAGCAAAAGUCAGAAGGAAAAAAAAGGCAAAGUGAAACACGCCUUGUUCACUUGGCUUUCCAGGCAUUGGCAAGAGGCCC